GUCUGGUUUCUGUUUUUUUUUUUCUCACACUGUCUGUUCAGUUUCACUCCGUGUAGGAAAACACGCAUUAUGCGCUGAAGACUCACGCACGCACAUGUAAAAAAAUGAAGCCCACAUUUUUCUUCUUUUUCAUCAUUUGGUUUACAGAAACAGAGCUAAAGCCCCGCAAAGGGCUCGCAGUGCUAUGCACUUUUAAAGACAAGACCUACAGUCCAGGAGACAGCUGGCAUCCCUAUCUGGAGCCCCUGGGAUUCAUGUUCUGCAUGCGCUGUGUCUGUUCGGAGGCAGGUCGUGUGAAAUGUAGCACAACCAAGUGUCCAACUCUGCCAUGUGAAAACCAAGUAGCCGAGCCUGGGCGGUGUUGUCCCAGAUGCACAGAUGAGCCCAGGGCCCCUGCAGGGCUGAGAGCCUCAGUGAAGUCAUGCAGGCACAAUGGAAGCAUUUAUCAGCCGGGGGAAACCUUCACGAAGCUCGACCUCUUCCCGUCCAGGCAAAGCAAUCAGUGCGUCAUGUGCACAUGCUCUAAUGGAAACAUCUUCUGCGGUCUGAAAACAUGCCAAACGAUCACCUGCUCCUCACCGCUCUCCGUCCCAGAUACCUGCUGUUUGGUGUGUAAAGAUCACGGCUCCAGCGGUUCAUCGUUGACGGAGGAUGGAAACCAGCAACUAAACAGAGGCGUAAGGCAUUCAGUCGACCGGUGCUCUGGAGAGCAGAGCAGCGCACGGUUCGACCGCGCCACUCCUUUCCAUGUCAGGACUUCUCCUCGAGGCCUGAGCCUCGGUAGACUUAACCUCAAGGGGGCUUCCGAGACCACCGUGAAGAUUUUGUUGCAGAGGAGACACCAGAGAGCCUGUUUGUACAACGGCAAGACGUACUCACACGGAGACAUGUGGCACCCGGUUUUGGGGAAGGUCCUGGAAUGCAUCUUGUGCACUUGCACCGAUGGCCUCCAGGACUGCAAGCGCCUCACGUGUCCCGCGCGGUACCCGUGCCAACAUCCUACCAAGUCAGCUGGAAAGUGCUGCAAGACUUGUCCAGAGAGCAGAGCUGGAAGUAACCAGACCCAGUGCUUCCUCGGACAUAGGAACAGUCUCUCGGUGUAUAAAGUAGACUCAUCUUUGAAAGUGGAUCCGACCGACGCAGUCAGGAUCAUUGCCGUUGAAAGGCAAAGUCCUGCUGAGGUUGAAGUGCAAGUUUGGGAGACUGUGGAAGGUACUGGAGCAGCUGGUGGGAACUACGAAAGAGCCAUAGUUCAAACACCUGUAGAUAUCUAAACAGUGAAUGGAGACGUAGUUUAGCACAUAACCCGCCUUUUGUACGGAUUAAAUAAGAGUAAAUAUGGGAAGUUCUGUGGGUUUUUGAUGUGAUGCUUAAAGGAUUUUGUCAGCAGAUUAGCUGUUUCCUCCCUGUUUUAAUUCUUUAUGCUAAGCUAUCAGCUGCUGAACCUUAUGGUAUAGACGGAGACAGAGCGGAAUCAGGCUCUACUAAAUCUGUUAUUGUGCUUUUCUUGGCAGCAUUUAAGUAAAUAUGCACACAUGUCUCAUUUGUGCAUAUUCCCAUAUUAUAGUUUAUGCCAUACUUACAAACAUUAGCAGGAAUGCACACUAUUGCUGCACGACAUCUCAUCUGUGUUCUUUAUUUAUACAGGUGUUUUACAAUAAAUGGAAAUUAGUGACGUUCUAAGAAAAGAUAUUGUGGAUCACCCUGAAAAUUUCCCAUUAAUAACAAAACUUGAUGAAGGUAUUCUAGUUUUAUUCUGCAAAUACUUGAAUUUGGUGAAAUCCACCUGAUCUCUUGGGUUUUGAUGACUGAUUUAUAACUUUUUUCAGAGACGUGGAAAAUAUUUAAAGAUGAGGGAGGAAGUCUGAGCACUGCUCCUAGGACCACAAUCUGUGUAGACGUCCUUUGAGAGAUGGUGACUUUCCUAAAUCCCAAGCAGAUACUAGACGUGUGUUCCCCCUCAUUUCUUUCACAUUGUUUCCCUCCUUUUGACACUUUUUAUAUCAAUAUUCCAGAUAUGUACAUGGUUGACACACAGUACUUUAUUCCUGUUGUGCAUCAUUGCUGUAAUGCAAGUGGAAUUCCACAUGUUGUUAACUGAUGACAUUGAAUGAUUGAGGACAUUUUGCAAUCAGUAUUUCUCAAACGAAACCUUUGUAUUUUAUUAUCUGUUGAACAAAGGGCCACCGUUGGUUAAGAAUGUAAUGGUUUUUUAAAAGAUGUUAUAUGAUCAUCAAAAUAUUUAUUGUAAAAUCAAAGGGGUUGUCCCCUUUUAAAAAGUGUUACCUUUGAAUGAUUUCUGUGUAUAUACAUUUGUCAGAUUUUAUUUUUGCAUUAAUUAGAAAGAGGCUUUGCAUCGAGGUUUGAUUACACAGCUUUGUAAUUGCGAGUAAAAAAACAACUUAAUUCUGUUUCAUAUCAAAAUAUAGUCAUUUUUAGAAAUUGGUUGGUUAAUCUAGUCAUGUGACAGUUACCAGACAGUAUAUGAAGCAUUGUGAUCUCAUCUACCUGUGCACUCAUGUGGCACAUAAGUUUCAUGUGUGAUUAUUGAAUUAUACAGAGAAUUUACACUUUCAAUUGGCUAUAAAAUCAAUUUAAUCAAUUUUUUCUUGGUCAUCGGAUGGCUCAUGGUAAACGUAGUGGGGGAGAUAAAGCUUAUUGAUCAAAGUGUAAGCCAAAAAAUAGAAUGAACAAUGAACUACCAAUGAAUGUUAGGUUGAAAAAUGUCAUGGAAAAAAAUAUUAAGUUGAAUAAAGUAAUGGAAAAGAAAGUGAAAAAUGUAGUGUCGAAAAAAGUAAAACAAUAUUAGGUUAAAAAAAUGUCAUAGGAAAAAAAAUUAAACGUCAGCGUCAGAAAUUGCAUUGAAAGAAAAGGCCAAAAAUAAGAAAAGAAAUAUAUAUAUUUAUACAUACGGUUCAAAAAAUGAAUAUUUGGUUGGAAAAUGCGUUGACAGAAAAAUGAUAUAUCAUGUCAAAACUAGAUAAAAAGUGUUCAAGUAUUUCCAAACCACAGUAAAAUAAGUAGUGCUUCCAAUCCAAGAACUGAAACUACUCAAUUUCAUGGAAAUAAUAAGAAUGUCUUUUGGCUCCAUGUGUGCAGUCUCUCCGUUUGAUCAACAGCUGUCAGAUCACCACCGUGGUCGCAGUGGCUCAGUGUGCGACUGUUGGACCGAGUGGGGGCUCUGUAACAACACUGCUCCCCUCCUCUGUGAACUCCCAGCCAGCGCUCUCCGCCUCUUCCACAGUCGCUCAUUGUGUUUCCCGUUCACGCUUUGAGACACACAACUCUGUCUCGCGUGAAACAAUAUUUUGAAACGGACGCACUCCCCCCUUUGUGCGCCUUCAUUACGCCCACAAAAAGCCGGGCGGUGUU